GGAUGCUAAAGACGGCCAUUGAACACACAUUUGUCACUAUCGUCCACCGUUUUGCAGAGCACAUACAUAGGCAGGCACAUAUAUAGGGAGAAAGUUCCUGUAGAGUAGCGCCCUAUUGCUUCACUCGUCUCCGUAUAAGCGUUGUUGGGACUCCCCAUUCAACCUGCUUUUAGCUAGUGUUCCGUCUAUCAGCGACCUACCCCGUCCCCAACAGCACUCCCUCCAAAAUGGGUAUCCCGACAAGCAAGAAGAAGGUGGGCUUGGGCAAGUCCCUCAUGCGGACCCGCUUCAACACCGCCGCUCAACAGAACCCGGACGGGUCUAUCAGGCAUACAACAGAGACAGACGAGUCAACCGCCAACGUCAUGAAAAUGCGCUCCAUCACGCAAGAAAACGACCUUGAAGCCUUCCUCAGCACCGCCGAGCUAGCCGGCACCGAUUUCGCGGCCGAGAGGCUAAACAUCACCGUCGUCUCCAACACCUACAACAACCCUUUCCUGCUCACGCCCGAGAAGGAAGCCGAAGCACUGGAGCAGCACAGGGAGCACAAACACUUGCUGACCGUGCCCCGCCGACCGAAAUGGGAUCACUCGACCACAGCUGAUGAGCUCAAACGCCGUGAGAACGACUCGUUUUUGGAUUGGAGACGUGGGCUGGCGACGCUGGAGGAGGAUAAGGGGCUGAUUAUGACCCCCUAUGAGAGGAAUUUGGAGGUGUGGAGGCAGCUGUGGCGUGUGAUUGAGCGGUCGGAUCUGGUGGUGCAGAUUGUGGAUUCGCGGAACCCCGUGCUGUUCCGGUCGACUGAUGUUGAGAAGUAUGUUGUGGAGGUCGACCCGAGAAAGAAAAACUUGUUGCUGGUUAAUAAGGCGGAUAUGUUGACGGUGGAGCAGAGGCUGCAGUGGGCGGAUCAUUUCGAGAAGGAGGGGAUUCGGUAUAUUUUCUUUUCUGCUGUUUUGGAAAAGGAGAGGCAGGAUGCGGAGGAGGAGGCGCGGAAGGCUGCGGAGGCUCAGGAAGAGUUGGAUGCUGCCAACGCUGAUGACUCGGAGGAGGAGAGCGAAGACGAGGAAGAGGGAAAGAAUGCCGGAAAGGAAGCGUAUCCGCCAGCUUCGGCCGACCGCCGAGACUCCAUGACGGGUCUGGUACAGCCCGACACGGACGAAAACAUCCCCGAACGCGCCCGCAUUUACGGCGCGAACGAGCUCAUUGACCUCUUCCAUGCUUCCUGCCCCGAACCCCUCCGCAAAAGCGAAGCCGGCCCGCAAAAGAUCACCAUCGGUUUCGUCGGAUACCCCAACGUCGGCAAAUCCUCCACCCUCAACGCCCUCGUCGGCGCUAAGCGCGUAACCGUCUCCUCCACCCCCGGCAAAACUAAACACUUCCAAACAAUCCACCUCUCCGAAGAAAUGGUCCUUUGCGACUGCCCCGGUCUCGUCUUCCCGUCCUUUGCGACAACCAAAGCCGACUUGGUCGUCAACGGUAUCCUCCCCAUCGACCAGCUGCGCGAGUUCACGGGUCCCGCGGGCCUGGUCGCCAAACGCGUGCCCAAAUGGGUCGUGGAGAACAUCUACGGCAUCAGAGUCCGCACCCGCGACGCGGAGGGCGUGCAGGAGGACCGUCAGCCGAAUGGAACCGAGCUGCUCAUCUCAUACGCCGUCGCGAGAGGGUUUACCAAGAGCUCGCAGGGAAACCCGGACGAAGCCCGUGCGGCACGGUAUAUCCUCAAAGACUACGUCAGCGGGAAACUGCUGUACGCACAUCCACCCCCCGGCAUCGACGCAGAGUCGUUCAACGCGCCAAUGUACCGCAACAAACGAUUCGCGUCCCGACGACCCGUAGAACAUCCCGCCGUUCAGCAACCCACCGACGCCGCCGACCCAUCAUCCACACCAUCAACAACCACCCUGUCAACCCCCGCCUCCUCCGCCCUCGACGCCGCCUUCUUCGCCCCGCAAACAACAACAGUGCGUGCCGGCGUCGUCGGUAAACACCAGCAGGGCGAUUUCAGCCGUGUAAAGCUGUACCCGCACCAGGGCGCACAGGCGCCCCAGCCGCUGGCGAAUGCGGGUAAGGCGACGAAGCUGCAUGAUAAGAAGAAUAGGAGGAGGGGGAAGCAGAGGACGGAUUGGACCGCGCAGGAUCCUUGAGGAUUGGGCGUGUUAUGCAUGAUUCAAAACCCUUCGGCGAGUCCGACACCCGACGUAUUUAAUAUCGCAUGCUUGUACAGUUUGUUUUUUCUUACAUAUUGUCAUUACAUUCAUAUGUACUUUUCAUGUACUGCAAUUCCUACAGCUUCUUCACUGUGAGAACAGGGGUUAACAUAACCUCAGAUCUGAGUGAGUAAAACAUUUGCAGGACGUGGAUUGGUUCACAAGGAAGAGUUUCCAGUAGUAGACUCAUCAUCAAUGC